AUGGAAAGUGACGGCGAUGACCUCGGCGGCGGCCCUCAAGAGGUCAUCGACUUCGGUUUCCAGGAUGAAGAAAAGAAAAUUGGAGGACGACGAGCCAAAAAGCUCAAGGAGGAGAAAAGAAAGAUGAAAGCGGGGUCUUUCGACACCAUGGGCUUCGCGCCCGAGGUCCUGCGCGCCAUCAAGCGCAAGGGCUACCGGCUGCCCACCCCCAUCCAGCGAAAGGCCAUGCCGCUCAUUAUGCAGGGCCUGGACGUGGUGGGCAUGGCGCGCACGGGCAGUGGCAAGACGGCGGCGUUCGUACUUCCCAUGAUACACAGGCACGUGGGGAACGGCGCACGCGUGGCCGUAUCUCUGCACGUGCCCGGGAGUGCCUCGUGCAUUUGUGCAUGCGAGCGGGUACCCAAAUCAACUGACGCGGAUGUGCACAGACAUGGAUGGGCAAAUGAGGCAUCGGAACUCAAACAGCACAGCAUCAAGGCCGGAGCCAGGGCGGUGAUUCUGGCGCCCACCCGCGAGCUGGCGCUGCAGACCCACAAGACUGUCCGCGAGCUGGCUCGUUUCACGGACCUGCGCACCGCCUGUCUGGUGGGUGGUGACUCCAUGGAGGUGCAGUUCGAGGAGCUGGCGGCCAACCCGGACAUCAUCGUGGCUACACCAGGUCGUCUGGCGCACCACUUGGAGGAGGUUGAGGGGCUCAGUCUGAGAUCUGUGGAGUAUUGCGUGUGCGAUGAGGCGGAUCGCAUGUUUGAGAUGGGCUUCAUUAUACAGGUUUCGGAGCUGCUCCGCAAGAUGAGUCCCGCCCGGCAGACGCUGCUGUUCAGCGCCACCAUGCCGGCGACCCUGGCGGAGUUCGCCCAGGCGGGGCUCAAUGCGCCCCAGCUGGUGCGGCUGGAUACGGAGCGGCGGAUUAGCCCGCAGCUGGGACUGGCCUUCUUCACGUGCAGGAUGGAGGACAAGGUGGCCGCGCUGCUGCACCUGGUUCGGGAGGUGGUGCCCGCUAAGCAGCUGACCAUCCUCUUCACCGCCACCCGCCAUCAUGCGGAAUUCCUGUACAACCUGCUGCUCAAGGAGGGGGUGGACGCGGCGUGUGUGUUUGGAAGCAUGGACCAGACUGCCCGCAAGAUCCACGUCGCCAAGUUCCGCGGCGGGCGGUGCCACCUGCUGGUCACCACGGAUGUGGCAGCGCGUGGUAUCGACAUCCCCCUCAUUGACAACGUAAUCAACUUUGACUUCCCGCCAAAGCCUGAGCUGUUUGUGCACCGAGUCGGCCGCGCUGCGCGUAUGGGCCGCUCCGGAACCGCCUACUCACUGCUGACGCGGGACGAGCUGCCGUACCUGCUGGACCUGCACCUGUAUCUGUCCAGAUCCGUCAAACCAGCGCCGCUGGUCCCCGAAGCGGGGCCCCUGCCAGCAGAUGAGGCUGCGGACGCCGCAGCCCUAGUCGCCGCCGCCGCCGCCAACUCCGAAGACUCCACGUACGGCACGCUGCCUGCCGUCGUUCUCGACCCGUUGAUCGAGCAUGUGCGCGAGGUGGUGGCCUCCGCCGCUGACCUGGAUGGCAUGCAGCGCACGCUAGCGAACGCGUGGGGCAUGUAUUGCAAGACCCGGCCGCAGCCCAGUGCGCAGAGCGUGAGGCGGGCGCGAGCGCUGGCCAAGGAGGGGGUCCAUCCGCUGCUGCUGGCGCUGCUGCCGAAGACCAAGUACACCCAGAUAGAGAACGAGGUCGCGCUAGCUCAGUUUACGGAGCGGCUCAAGACCUUCCGUCCGACAGCCACGGUGUUUGAGGCGGAGAUUGCCCGGGUCAAGUCCACCUUCACCAACCCGCUGUUGCUGGAGGGGGGUAGCGCCAGUCUGGGCCGCGGAGGCAAGAGCACUGACGUCAUGGCGACCAAGCGGGCGGCCCAUGCGCACAUCAUUGAGAAGGAGAGGCAGAAGAAGAUGCGGCUCAUGGCGCCGGAGGAGCAGCGUGGAGACCAGCAGGACCCGAAGGAGAAGGCCGAUGACAAGCGGCGCACCACCACGCGGGGAUCUGCGGGGCCGGAGGAGGACACGGGAGAGGAGGAGGAGGCGGACGGCGGGUGCUCAGAUGACGACGAUGCUGAUGUGGACGAUGACCUGGGCACAUCGGAUGGGGGGAGGGAAGACGAGGAUGAAGAUGAGGACAACGAGGAUGAAGGUGACGACGGGAGGCAGGUAAAGGCGGGGCAGGCAGGGCCAAGCGGCCGCGGCGGCGGCGGCCGCGACAGCGCCAAACAAGCCGCCGCGGCAGCGGCGGCGUUUGGCGACGGUGUGGCUUCGGAGGGCCGAUUCCGCGACCCUUCAUUGUACAUCAGCCACGUUAGGGAUGGGCGGCAUCGUGAUGAGGCGUUUGAUGUGGAGACGCGGGUGGCGGAGCUGCAGGCGGCAGUGCUGGACCUGACAGCGGAGGACCAGCAAGGCAUGACGGACUCCAAGCGGCGCUACCACUGGGACAAGCGCAGCAAGAAAUACGUGCUUCGAUCGACUGAGGACACACAGCGCAAGGGCCGCAAGCUGCGCAACGAAGCGGGCAAAGUUGUGCAGGUCAAGGAGGGUGAGCGCGGCGAAUUGUACCGCAAGUGGUCCAAGGCGCACCACAAGCGGGUGGCGGCAGCGGGUGACGAGGAGGACACGGAGCGAGGGGGCAGCGGUGGCCUGGGGGGACGGUUCGACCGGAAGAACCGCCACACCAACUUCCGUCGGGGGAGCUCUCCGGGGACUGGCGCAGAUGCGGGAGGCCGCGGUGGCAAGUCGGGCAGGGGCGGCAGGGGCGGCAAGGGCGGGGACCAGCCUAAGGGAGCGCGCAAUGCCGGGCUGAAAACGGAGGACCAGGUGCGCAAGGAGCGGAAAAAAGGGGAGCGGCGCAAGGCUUGGCUGGCGCUCAAGCAGCAGCAAGGCGGCAAGGGCAAGGGCGGCGACGACCGCGGCAGCCGGGGUGGCGGUGGCCGCGGGGGCCCCGCCAGAGCCGGGCGGGGGGGAGGCCUGGGAAAUGAACGCGUGCGCACAAAGGCCGCCGGAUUUUGGGAUAGGGUCUUCGGGACAUUUAAGAAGGAUUCGGAAGAUGUGCUUGCCAGGAACAAGCUCCGAGAAGCCAGCAGAGAGCUUUUACAAAUGCUGUGUGCCACUGAGGCACCCGACCUCUUAAGGAUUGAUGAGCUUUUAGAUGCAAUCGCAGAAGGCCAACCAUUCAUGGAGACCUCGCUGGGUGGAGGGCCAUGGGUGGUUCGCUAUACGCGGGGCAAGCCAUUCUUAUGGAACAUCACCUACAACACGGGGCGUCUGCUCAACGGCCGUAACCGCGCAGCCCAGGAAUUCGACCCCGCUACCCGCUCAGCGGUAAACCUGCUGGAAAUCAACGGACCCAAUAACCGUAUUGAGGCGUACGGCACGUACGAACCUGUGGACGACAGCCCGAUGACACCCAAGACCAUUCGCGCCAAGAUCAACUCGGGGCGGCUUUUCCUGGGGACCUGGGAGUUGCAACUGUCCAUCUUUGGGACGGGCUAUUUUGAUGUGAUGUACGUGGACGAGUCGCUACGAGUAUUCCGGAGCAACGGCCGCUUUGCCGUACAGGCGAAGAAGGGUCCUCCCCUCAUCACAGCUGAGGAGGAUCUUGCUGCUUUCGGCUUUAAACUCAGUGACAUCGUGCGCACGCCCCUGGGGAUAACUGCGACAGUCAUCGGCGUAAAGUACGAAAGUGCGGACGACAAGUCCACGGGGCGUGUAUGGGUGAAGUAUGAAAAUGGUCACGAGGCCCCGCUGGAGCCCAAGCUUAACGCGGGUUUCAUGUCCGCCCUGGGAUAUCGCAAGUGCUCGGAGGCUGACCACAUCCGGAGGGACGUGGGCAUGCAUAUGGCAGAGCAGAAGAAGCAGGACGAAGAGCGGAAGGUGGUUGAGGAGGUGUUACGUUGCAAGGAGCAGGGGCUGCCUAUUCCUGAGCACCUGCUACCCAAGCCCAAGACCACGAAAAAGAAAACAGACGCAAAAAAGAAAAAGUAGCGGGAUGGCGUGUCUGCUGCUGCUGAGGGAAGAUCCGUUGUACGGACACAUACAUACACACAGAAGGCUUGUUCAAAGGCCCUUUGAGGGCAAGCAUCUUGGUCGUUCGGUGUCCGCAACCAACAGGUGGUGUAGGUGGUGUGCACAGCCAGUGCUGGGGGCACCUGUUUCUGCCACCUGCCACCUGCCGCCUGCCAGUUCGCCCGAGGGAACGUGGAGGGCAACGUUUAUUUAGUCUCUUACGGGUGCAGAGAGUGGCGGGACUUCACGAUUUCGGAUACCCGAAGCAUGCAAUGCUGUUGCUGUUUGAGCUGCGGGCAUCUCCCGAGCCCGGCGGCGGGAAACUGUUGUGGCAUUGGGUAUAUAGAUGAAAUGCAUAGAUGUGCCGAAGCAUGGCACGGGUUCAUACGCGUAACAGGCUUGCGAACCGCGUGCAAGUUUUGACCUUGUAGCAGUAAGGUAAAUUUGUCAUACGCUUCUGCAAAGAAUGUAUGCAGAGGUGAAUAGGAAGAGAGUGGCAGCGGUACAUGUGCAUGGACGGCUGGAUGGGGGCUACGAUGCGUAUGGGCGGCUGCGGAUGGGGCAGCACACACAGUGUGGGCCCAAGUGGUGGUGCAUUUGCCUGGCAUUCGCUCUCACACGUGCCACUAUGCACGGCUGCUUGGUGCCUGGCGGUUACUGUCUUAGCUUAGGUAGCCUGUGUUGUGAAUAGCUUGGAAAGGGACGCACGAGCGUCCCUGCUGAACUGUGGCAAGAGGAUUUUCGUGUCUUGGGCGCGUGUCGUGUUAUGGGGACCCCUAUAAUGGAGAGCACAGGGUGUAAAGAGGACGUAGCAUGCAUGCAGACGCACUAGCUCGCGGGUUUGACAUUCUUCUCGGCCCUCUCCACCUUUGCAAAUUUUCCCCUGCUGGCGCCGGUAGCGCCUUCCAAACCUUUUAACACGCAAUACUGCGUGCAGGGCGUCUUUCUCUGAGCGGGCGGUCUGGUUGGCUGAUAGACCUGCCGCUCUAGUUCAUCUAGUGGUGCUUUGGAACUGGCGGCCUGGGGCUGUGGAGGCAUGUGGAUCGGGCGGCGGACAAAUGGCUUGCGGGCGGACUGGGGAUAAGUUCACCAGGGACGGUUCGGAGGACGCUUCGAAUCGCAAGUUGGAAUGCCCAACUGCAUAACCUUCGAGUUGACUUAGGAUUGAAGCGGACAAUGAGGAGCACGAACUGUUACAUAAUUUUGUCUGG